AUGGAUAACCAAAGAGUGAUCUACUCUGAUAUAAAUCAGGCUAAAACCCCAAAGAAGCAGCAAAGGAAAUCUAAGUGCACCAAAAGCUCCAUUUCAGAACAAGAACAAGAAAUAACCUAUGUGGAAUUACGCCUUCAAAGAGAAGCUCAGGAUUUUCAAGGGGAUGGCAAAGCUUACCACUGCAAAGGUUUACCAUUCCCUCCAGAGAAGCUCAUUGCUGGGAUCCUGGGAAUUCUCUCUCUUGUCUUGCUAUUCACUGUGGUAACCAGACUUGUCAUUCCCUCUACAAUAGCUCAGACACAGAGCAAUUCUUCGCAGACCAUAGGAACUCAGAAAGCAUAUCAAUGUGGUCAUUGCCCAGAGGACUGGUUCACACAUUCCACCAAUUGCUAUUACUUUGGUAAGGAAUUAAAAACUUGGAAUGAGAGUUUGAGGGCCUGUGCUUCUAAGAACUCCACUCUGCUAUACAUAGAUAGUGAAGAAGAAAAGAAAUUUCUGAGCAUUCUGUUAUGGCAUUCCUGGACUGGAGUCUUUCGUCAGAGCAGUGGUCAUCCAUGGGUGUCAAUAAAUGGCUCAGCUUUCAAACUUAACAUAACAGAAAUAGAACCUGGUAAACGGAACUGUGCUGCGCUAACCUCAGGUAAACUUCAAUCAGAUGAAUGUGGAUCUUCAAAAAUUUACAUCUGUAAGCACAAGCUUUAG